AUGACAGGUGCGCCCUUGUCCACAUCGUUCUCGGUGCCAAAUAGCUCUGGCCCGGUGAAGUCGUUGUUGUCAGAGCGGCUGCUGGUGCUGCGCAAUAAGUCGCCGCCGGAGUCUCAGGACUCGGACCUGGCACACAUUCCUCUGCCUUCCUCUCCUUCGGAUUCCUCUCACAAGGGCCUCCACAGGCUGGGGUUUUCGCGGAAAAAGAGUGACAGCAGCGAUUCCUUUAGCGACCACAGUGACGACAAAAAAGGUUUGAUGGGCAUACUUACGCGAGUUCGAAGGAUAUCGCGCUCUAGUUCUGAUGAAACAGAUACCGACACGAAACCUGAUCCAACGACAGAGCACAGAUCGCACCCGAAAUUAGAGUACCACGAGGAGGAGACUUUCACAACCCCGUUGGACAAGAAGUCAAUUCCGCGAGAACUCAUCGACCAGGGAAUUGAGAUGCUAAGAGUGACCCAUAAAAAGAAAGUCAAACGGUGUUUCCGCUUGAACUUGGACAACAAUCAUCUGAUCUGGAAUAACAAGGCCUCGUCAUUUCUGGAGAUCGACAAGAUCAAGGCGAUCAGAACCGGCUUUGAGGCCAAGAAUUACAGGGAGGAGUUUAAAGUGUCAUCCGAUUACGAAGAUUUAUGGAUAACGAUUAUCUACUACAAGGAUUCCAAGUCAAAUAAUAUCAAAGUCUUGCACAUGAUUGCUCCCGGCAAACAUGAAUACGAUACUUUUGUUACCACUUUGCGCAACCUCGUAUAUUUCAAACGGCAGAUGGAUAGUAUCAGUGAAUUGUUCACUGACUUGCACUGGAACAACAAAAACUCCGAAAGCGAGCAUCUCUCGUUCGAUGGUGUCCUCAAAUUAGUGUCCAAGCUUCAUGUCCACGCAAGUCCAGAGUAUCUCGAGAAUCUUUUCCGCAAGGCUGACUCGGAAGCAAAAGGUCACCUAAAUUUCCAAGAUUUCAAGAAAUUUGUCAGUUUACUCCGAGACCGCAAGGAGUUGAGAGCCAUAUUUGAUCAACAAGUUCGGAUCACGCCCGGGAGAUUGUCCUUCGAGGAAUUUUGCAGUUUCCUCGUCGAAGUACAAAAAGAAAAUAUCUCCUACUCGCAGGCGAAGCAGAUAUUUCAUCGCUUCUCCAAAACAAAACACUACCUAGAAUACGACGAAUUUGUUAGUUUUCUCACCAGCUCAUAUUCAAAACCUUACGCCAAUAUCCAAGAGGAUUACUCAUACCCGCUCAAUGAGUAUUUUAUCUCCUCAUCGCACAAUACAUAUUUAUUAGGAAGGCAAGUUAAUGGAACUGCAUCCAUUGAAGGCUACAUUAGAGCAUUACAACGAGGCUGCCGUUGCAUCGAGAUAGACCUCUGGGAUGGCGAAAGAGGACCAGUGGUUACUCACGGCCGCACAUUCUCCAGCUCCAUUGAAUUUCAGCUCGUGGUGGAGACAAUUGGCAAGUACUCUUUCAUCACGUCCCCAUAUCCUGUUAUUUUAUCGCUGGAGGUUCGUUGCAAUGCUGAAAAUCAGCUUCAAGCUGCCAAGAUCCUCAAAGAUAUUCUACAAGACCGCCUGCUAGAAUAUCCGGUCAAAUCGCCCUUCGAAACACUGCCAUCGCCCGAGCAAUUGAAACAUAAGAUACUAGUGAAAGUGAAGAAGUCUACCGGUGAGACUGGAAGCUUUGACAGUAUGUCUUCGUCGUUGUCUUCGUUUAGCGAAGACAAUAGUACAAUCACAAAGAUUGUUCCCAAGAAAAGAAAAACCGUCAAGAUCUCUCAGGAGCUGGGCAACCUCGGGAUUUAUGUUAUUGGAACCAAAUUUCGCAAUUUCUCGCUUCCCGAGUCCAAAACAUUCAACCACUGUUUUUCCUUCAGUGACAAGGCGCUAGUCAAAAUGGCAAGGGAGGAGGCUAAGUUUUCUGCUAUUGUCAAACACAACAGGAGGUUUCUCAUGAGAAUUUAUCCAUCAAUCUAUCGCUUCAGUUCGAAUAAUUUCAAUCCGUUCUUUUUUUGGGAACUGGGAUGCCAAUUAGUUGCAACGAACUGGCAGGUUUAUGAUGUGGGACAGCAGAUCAACGAGACGCUUUUUAAUAUAGGCUCCAGCUCCGGAUACGUCCUCAAACCCUCUUGUCUGCGGAUCAGAAACCCAAAGUUGCAGAAUAUCGACCCAUUGGGCUGCUUGAAAUUUGAGCAGAGUAGGCGCAUUAACAUUGAGCUCAUUUCCGGACAACAACUUCCCAAGCCAAAGGAUAUCAAAUCGGAUUUUUUUGAUCCCUUCUUAGAGCUGGAAAUUUAUUGUGCAGAGGUUUUGGACGCGAAUGUCAGCUCCACGACUGGAAAGCUGGGAACGGUAUUGAAAACGGAGUCCUCAACUCACCAAAAAUCUCUCGUUGAGCAAUUGAUCAAACUCGCAGAACCCUCUGUUGUGUUCAGGACAGCUCCAGUACCUCAAAACGGAUUUAAUCCUGUCUGGAAUCAGAGCUGCUCGGCAACAUAUCUCACAAACGACAUUGAUUACGUUUUCCUGCGGUUCCUGGUGAAGUGCGCUAGCGAGGGCUCCGAAAAACUUAUUGGAACACACACGUGCAAGCUCGAUUACUUGAAACAAGGUUACAGACAUCUUCCACUGUACGAUCAGCAAGGCGAGGAAUUCAUCUAUUCGACACUAUUUAUUAGGGUUGAUUAUGAGGAUAAAAAAAUGACUAGAAAAAUGACAUGA